AUGCAGAGUAUAUGCGUCACAAAGCUCCGCCAAUCGGUUAGUUAUAUAAACAAAGUAGAAGUGCAGCGACAGCAGCGCGGCGCAUCGAUCGCGCGCGGCGUCGCCGCGGCGCUCGCGGGCGGCACCCGGCGGGGCGGGAAGGCUCGGGCGCUGCGGGAGGCGCGGGGCACUGAAUACCGAUUGCGCAAAAUUAGAGUUAGUGUUUACUUGUCUCUGAGAGGUGGCUGCCGGGUAGGCAGGGCGGGUGCGUGCGGCGCGGCGAGGCGGGUGGCGCGGGCGGCGCGGCGCGGCAGUGUCCCGGCCGCGGCGUGCGGGACGGUCGCGAGUGAGAACAUGCGCGUAUGGGCGCUGCUGCUGCUGGGCGGCCUGGCCGCCGCCGCCCGCCGCGUCGACCAGGACUUCGAGUUCGACGACGCACCGGAGGCGCCUCAGAGUCAGCUACACGCGCGGCGUCCACGAAGAUAUGUUUACGAUCCUGAGAAUCCGAUGUGUCUCACGCUAGUGUGCAAGAAGCGCGAAGUGUGCUUACUGCGAGAUGCAUUCACUGCGCUAUGCGCUAACAAAAAAGAUAUUCUACGAAGAGGGGACAUGAUAGUGGCGGGCUCGGCGAGCAGCUGGGAGCGCGGCGACGACGAGGACGUGUUCUACGAGGCGCGCGCCUCCGAGCGCGCGGCGGCCGCGCGCCCCGCCGCCGACCGUUGCGUGGGCUGCGGCGGCGCGGCGCGCGCGGCCUUCCUGUGCGGCUCCGACAACCGCACGUACUCGUCGCUGUGCCGCCUCGACCUGCACAACUGCGUGCACCGCGCGCUGCCGCCCGUGCGCCUCGCCUGCCGCGGCUUCUGCCCCUGCGCGCCGCGGCCGCGCCGGCUGCGCUACCGCCCCGACGAGGAGCGCCGGCGCCGCGCGGACGCGCACGAGGCGCCGCGCGCGCCGCCCUGCGCGCUCGACAAGAUGGCCGACCGCUUGCUGGACUGGUUCUCCGUGCUCAUGGACGAGGCGGGCGGCGUGCCGCCCCCGCAGGAUGGGUUCCCACGGGAUUGUAAACCAGAAGUGCGCUGGAUGUUCACCCACCUCGACGCGGCCGGCGACGGCUCGCUGUCGCCCGCGGAUCUUUAUGCGUUAAGGCACGACGAGCGCGAGCGCUGCCUGCGGCCGUUCCUGGCGUCGUGCGGCGGCGGCGGGCUGUCGCGCGCCGCGUGGUGCGCGUGCCUGCGCCGCGCCGCGCGCCCCUGCGCCGCGCUGGCGCGCGCGCACCCCGCGCCUCCGCCGGGCGCGUACGUGCCGGCGUGCGACGCGCGCGGCUUCUACCGCGCGCGGCAAUGCCACGCCGCGCUGGGCGUGUGCUGGUGUGUGGACGCGCACGGCGCCGAGCGGCCCGGCUCGCGCACCAAGGGCGCGCCGCGCUGCCCCGGAGAAAAUGAGACGGACAACAGUAUAAGCGACGAGUCGGAGGAGGCGGAGCGGGACGGGACGCGGGACGGGGACGGGACGCGGGACAGGGCGCGGGACGGCGCGCCGGCGGACGACGAGGACGCGGGCGGCAGCGGCGACCGCGAUAACGACCUGCGCUUC